GGGGGAGCCGGGGAGCCGGGGGAGCCGGGAUCGGGCCGUGCUGCUCUGCUGAGGGCCAGUUCCCCGGGCCCUACCCAAACUAGAGCCCAAACCCGGAGCUUGGAAGAAUAAGCAAGACAUGGCGGACGAGGCGUUGUUUUUGCUGCUGCAUAACGAGAUAGUGUCCGGAGUGUACAAGUCCGCGGAGCAGGGGGAGGUGGAAAAUGGACGGUGUAUAACUAAGCUGGAAAACAUGGGCUUUCGAGUGGGACAAGGAUUGAUAGAAAGGUUCACAAAAGAUACUGCAAGGUUCAAGGAUGAGUUAGACAUCAUGAAAUUCGUUUGUAAAGAUUUUUGGACUACAGUAUUCAAGAAACAAAUUGACAAUUUAAGGACAAAUCAUCAGGGCAUCUAUGUGCUUCAAGACAACAAAUUCCGUUUGCUAACUCAGAUGUCUGCAGGAAAACAGUAUUUAGAACAUGCAUCUAAGUAUUUAGCAUUUACAUGUGGCUUAAUCAGAGGUGGCUUGUCAAACUUGGGGAUAAAAAGUAUUGUAACAGCUGAAGUUUCUUCAAUGCCUGCCUGCAAAUUCCAGGUGAUGAUACAGAAGCUGUAAGAACAUAGUAGAAAUACAAGGCCUCACUAUUGUGAAGAGAUAAAUUAUUGCUAUAUAAAGUAUUCAAGUCGUAAUGAUUUAACUACUUUGUUGGACAUUUGUAUAGAACUGAGGGUAUAUUUUAUCAUUCUAACAGAACAAGUUAAAUCUGAUAAAGGACCAUCUACUAUGACUUACACUUUACUGCAACUAUUCAAGAUGCACACCUGACUUCAAAUAACGAGACCCUAAGAUGUAAUUCUUACUUUAAAUAGUGUUUUUUACUUAGACUGAUGUGUAUUUAACUAUAGGUGGAAACACAAACCUAAGGUUUUGCUGAGUCAGCAUAAAAGUGUGCCCAUUAAGUCAUCUGUAUUAGAAUAAAUACAUUUUGAUAAGGUACGAAUGUUAUUUUUUUAAAAGUACACUAAAAUAAGCUUAACUUUUAUUGCUUGUAAUUUAUUUUGAAUAAGGAUUUUUUUCAUGUUAGAUUUUCUAUGUGUAUACAUUGUAUAUAUGACUGUAUUACUUAAAAACUUAAUUUUACUUUAAUAGUAAAUUAAUAGUGCUUGAAAGCCUCUUUAACAUAAUAAAAGUAGAGUACAGGUUAGUAUAAAUGUUAAUUUGGUGACAUUAGAGUCAGAGAAUAUUAGGUAUGUUGGGAAGGAUAAGUUCCUGUUACAUCUUUAAGCCUGUCUCCUGAGGCGUGCAAGUUCCGGUGAAGGUUCAAUCUAUGAUUAUUGCCUUAUUUAUUUUCCCACAGCGCAGAGGACUAGAUAAUUGGGUUUCAGCAGGGGGCCAAACUCAUGGACAGCCAUUGGAUCAUAUCUGCUCCGUGGGUUAGGGUCAGUGUUCAGCUGUUACAUCUCUCACACCACCCUUUCCCAUCUGUCUAGCUUAUGAAGCAGUUAUCACCAACUCUGCCUGUUGGGGGAUCUUGACUCUUAUGACUCAAAUUGUACUUUGUUUCUCAUUUAAU